AUGUUACAGAAUAUUGCUGAGCUGAAAUCAAUAACUUCAAGCCAAAACUCUGUUGCAGAAGGCUGUGAAUCCUGUGAUACAGAUGAAGAAUACAACUUAAAUGAAAACGAUUCAAAUACUUUUGAGAAUUGUGAUGCCAUACUUGAAAUUGGAAAAAAUGGUCUUCCUAAACAAAAACAAAGAUGCCGCCAUCCAUUUGACAAGUCAAGAUCGUGUUACAUUCUUGUUCUCCCAAUUGAACAGCAGCUAAAAUUUUUUUUGGAGAGUGGCGGAAUGAAAUUAAGAAAAGAAACUACUGGAUAUGACGGAACAACUCUGGGGGAUGUCCAAAGUGGAAACUGCUACAGAGAAAAAGUUUGUGGUGUUGGCUCCGAAAACCAGGUGAUCUUCACAUUGCAACUAAAUGUUGAUGGAGCGCAGUGUUUUAAAAAAAGUAAAUUUGGAUUUUGGCCAUUCAUGGGUGUCAUAAAUGAAAUUCCUUACGGGGCAAGACGAGCAAACAUGUUUUUAAUGAGAAAUUCAAGUCACAGCAAGGAAAAUGACUCUUUUGUAACACCAAAAAGAAACAAAAAGUCAUCGGCAAAGAAUUCUGACUCUCAGAUUCUUACAUCUUUAGACGUCAACAUAUUUGACACCCCCCCAAGUUCCACAACAAAAGGAAACCCAAAGCGUGUGCUGGACGAACAAGCGACGGAGCCAGUUGAUGCUGAGUUGCAUAGCCUUAAUGAAUACAAAGAUACAAUUGAUGAGCUUAAAAAUGAAAUCUCGUUCCUCAACGAGCAAAUUCGAGAUUCUACCUUUGAGCUAGAAAUUGAGAGAGAUGAUUACAAUCACAAAAUUUUCGAAAAAGAUGCUACUAUUCUUCGCUUACAAGAAGAAAUAAACUCCCUGAAACAAUUGAAUCCCCAGGCCUUGGCCAAAAGUCUUAAUGAAGGGUUGGCUCUACUACACACCACUUUGGAAACCUUGACAAUUAGUCAAGUUAAUGCUCAACAAUCACGUGUUCAGUUAGAAAGAAGUGAAAGCGGUAGAACUAACCUAGUGAAGCUUCACAAAGAUUAUGAGACAACGAUUCAUCAAAAUGCGUUAGCAACCGCAAUGUCGUAUGGGAAGGCUGGUUCAAAAAAAAAGGACAUGAGCAAAAUGAUAAAUAUCAUCAUGGAAGCGCUGUGGGAUAGGGAAUUCAUGUCAAAACACAGUCUAACCGGAAAGAAGGCACCCACCGAUAAGACAAAUAAUCCUGCAAAACCUGCCCUUCCCAAGGAAGAUGUCCAAGCAAUUACGAGUUUCAUUGUGGAAUUUUGGGGAACAAAACACAAGUUGGCAAUCGAUCCAUCCAUGGUCCAUCCUUGCACCACAUCCAAACUACUAAGUGAACAUACGGCUCACAAGUCAAGAGAGAAGUUGUUCGUGGAGGAUGCCGGUAAUGAAGUACCAUCAGAUUAAAUCGGCGAACAUUUCUACAAGAACCGUUCAAGACGACGUUUAUGUGUAGCCCCACUUUUGAGUUCAACAGAUUUUCUAUUCUUUUCUUCAUUCAUUUUUUUCUUUUUCUAUUUUCUACUUUUUUUUAUUUUCCAUUUUCAACUUCUUUUUUUCAUUAUUAUUAGAAAGUGUGUUGCGUCAUG